AUGGCAGCAGAAGGACAUAACGUUGAUGCAACACUAUUAGCAGUUGGUCGUGAUCAUGGCCAUUACUUUGUUCGCAAAACAUUUGGUAAACCAACAUACUGUCAUCAUUGCUGUGAUAAAAUAUGGGGAAUGCUUACACAAGGAUAUGCUUGCGAAGUUUGUAAUUUCAUAUGUCAUGACAAGUGUAAGAAAACGGUUGUUUCAUUCUGUAGUGGUGUUGCCUUGCAGUUGAUAAAGAAUCCAGUCGCUCACACAUGGUCUGAACCAUCACAUAUCAAACGAAGGUUUUGCUGCGUUUGUCGCAAAAAAACUGAUGAUUCAGUGGCUGUUGAAUGUGAAGUUUGUGAAUAUUACGUGCACGUUGACUGUCACGAUUUAGCAGUAAGUGAUUGCAAGGAAGCUGCUACAUAUGUACCUAAUUUGGAUAAGAAUAAACAGGUACAACAUCAUCAUAUGAGGGAGGGUAAUAUACCACGCGAUUCCAAGUGCGUUGUUUGCAGAAAAGCUUGCUGGUCGUAUGAGUGUUUAGCUGGUAUGAAAUGCGCUUGGUGCUCUGCAACGGCUCAUGCUAUCUGUUAUCGUCAAAUGUCUCUCGAAUGUGAUUUUGGUGCUUUAAAAAAGAUUAUGUUGCCACCCAACGCAUUAACAAUUCCAAGGACAGAACUUCCAAUGAAACAGCUGCUUAACAUUCAGGGAACUUAUCUCGAAGGUUUCAACCAGCAACCAUCAUCACCAGUGAAAACACACCCAGAAGAUUCUGCACUGAAUUCACCAGAUGAAGCAAAGGAAAAAGAGGACUAUGAAAAUUUGCGUAUUUUUGAUGGCAAUAGUUCUCUUAGGAAACACGAGUAUCGUACAGCUACUGUGCCAAAAACAGCCUCAAUGCAUCAAAUACGAGAUGUGGCACUUAGGAGGUUUCAUAUCAGUGAUAAUCCUGAUUGUUAUUAUGUCACACAAGUGCACAACGACAAUGGUGAGGAAGAAUUGCUUGAAGAUCCGUUACCACUGAGAAACGUACGGCGACCAGAAGGACGCCGUGCUCAAAUUUUCCUUCGUUACAAAGAUGAUCCUGAAAAAGCAGUUGUUAAAUUAUAUGGUGGUUGGCUUAGAGUACCAGUAACAUGCUGUUCGCUGUUAGUUACAAAAGAAACACUGGUUCAAGAUGCAGUGGCAGAAGCGCUGGACCGAUUUGGAUUGGAUCGGAAUUUUGCUAACCGUUAUAAUUUAAUUGAAGUUUCGCUCGAUCGUGGUGUUGCUGAAAGAACUGCGAAUCCACAGGAAAAUAUGCUGCAGCUUGUGCGAAAUUUAAGAAAAGAUUCCUUGCGACGUUAUCACGUUGUUCGUUUUUAUAUACAAGAAAAGGAUGAUCCACACGAUCACGCUGUUUUUGUUGGUAAUUUACCGCUCUCACUGGCUCAAAGACAAUAUGAAAGGAUUCUUUUACGGCUACUAGGCGCUAAAGAAAAGCCUUUCACUGCUAUCGGACCAAUAUAUUUCGAAUACGGUUCACUAGUGAUUACAUUCAAUACAGCAAAAGCUGCAACUUCGGCUGUACAACGCCUUCAAAAUGCGGUUUACGAAGAGAAGAAAUUAAUAGUACUUUGUCUUCCUAAUGUGCAGCCCCAUAUGUUAUCACCCGAUUGUGAGCCUCUUCUGGUGCUUGUGAAUGUUAAAAGUGGUGGUUGUCAGGGAAGCGAAUUAAUUAAAGCAUUCAGACGAUUGUUGAAUCCUUUUCAAGUAUUUGAUGUAUUGAAAGGUGGUCCAUUAGUUGGGUUGUAUGUUUUCCGAAAUGUUCCAAAAUAUAAGAUUUUGGCUUGCGGUGGAGAUGGUACAAUUGGUUGGGUUUUACAGUGCUUAGAUAUUGCUAAACAGGACGCAGCAUGUUUCUCCCCACCAUGUGGAAUUGUUCCAUUAGGCACCGGUAAUGAUCUGGCGAGAGUUUUACGAUGGGGUGGUGGUUAUAGUGGUGAAGAGAACCCAAUGGAUAUUCUUCGAGAUGUUAUUGAGGCUGAGGAAGUACGCUUGGAUAGAUGGGCAGUAGUUUUUCACGAGGAAGAACGUUCGCAACCGCCAACAACAUCUAAUGUUGAGCCAAGUCCUGAUUCAGAGCAAAUGAUGAGCAAUCCUGAGGACCAAACUUCAAUGAUUAUAAUGAAUAAUUACUUUGGAAUUGGAAUUGAUGCGGAUGUCUGCUUACAAUUUCAUAAUAAGAGAGAUGCUAAUCCAGAAAAGUUCAGUUCACGUUUGUUCAAUAAAACACAAUACGUAAAAAUCGGUUUACAAAAAGUAUUCUUUGAAAGAACAUGUAAAGAUCUCUGGAGACGGGUUGAAUUAGAAGUGGAUGGUAAAGUAAUCGAAUUGCCAUGCAUUGAGGGUAUCAUCGUAUUAAACUUACUCAGCUGGGGGAGUGGAGCAAAUCCAUGGGGAACAGCAAAAGAAGAAGGACAGUUUCAAAAGCCGACACAUUACGAUGGUCUGCUUGAAGUGGUUGGUAUCUCAGAUGUCUCUCGAUUAGGUCUCAUUCAGUCCAAACUAUCAGCCGGCAUUAGAAUCGCUCAAGGAGGAAGUAUACGAAUCACAACGCAUGAAGAAUGGCCAGUACAAGUGGACGGUGAGCCGCACAUACAACCACCUGGUACUAUAACAAUUUUGAAGUCUGCCCUUAAAGCUAAAAUGUUGAAGAAAGCAAAGAAAUCACGUCGCAAUGCAACAUCUUCGUCAACAAACGUAGCAGCAGCAGCAGCAGUUCGGCCAGUUCGGAAUGAAGCUUCACCAUCUUCAUCACGGAUCCAUCCCUGCAUACUCUUAAAUAUUGAUUCCGGUCCGUUGAUGCACGAGAAAAGUACAACCGAUGAAGCGCAUUCUGCUACUGCAAAUGGCGAUGAUGAUGAUGAUGAAGAAGGAGAUGCUUUUUUAUAA